AAAAAAAAUUACGGUGCCCGAGCCCGAUUUAUUUUCCUUCUGAAAGCAUGAUUUGGGGAGCAGAAUAAUAACUUAAGCUGGAUUGGACAUAAUUAUCACAGAGAUGUCGCUUGUACAACAGAUCUUUCUCAGGAAAUUUAGUACCACAACGUCCCUGAACGAACUUCGACUCCUUAGCAGAGUUAAGGUGGUGGAUAACAGCAAAAUAGGAAGAAAUGCCAAGCAAUCUGGGAGACCCGUACGGAUAAUUCACGUGUACAACAAAACGCACGUGGGUCGCCUUGGCGACAGAGUUCUUGUGACCAUAGAACACGAAAAGAAGAAAGGUUACAUCGUGGGAUGUAAACAGAAUCAGCAACCGCUGAUUCCUAAAUUUGACAGUAACAAUAUAGUUCUUGUUGACGAUAAUGGUCAGCCAUUGGGGACACGUAUUAGGACACCGAUUCCUUCGUGUUUGCGAUCCAACACGGACCCUAACUUUGUUAAACUGUUGUCUCUAGCUACCACAUUUGUAUGAUUUUAUUUUGUGUAUAGGUUUGCAUGUUUGAAAGUCAAAUAAAGAAAAAUAAAUGCCAUUUUGAAAAGCAAUGUCCUCAUUGUUAU